AUGGCAGGGCAACUUUCUCCCGAAAAGGCGACAGACCAGGUGUGCACCUUCCUGUUCAAAAAGCCCGGGCGAAAAGGGGCUGCGGGCCGCCGGGAGCGCCGCGUGUGCGGUGCAGAGCCCGCAGGCAGCAGCAGCAGCAGCAGCAGCGGUGACGAAGGCGGCGCUGUGGUUCGCCCGGCGACCAAGCGGGCGUCUCACAAUCCGAUGGUACAGAAGACCCACAGCCGUGGGGAACAGCAGGCGGAGGGCGAUGAUGAGCCCGAGAGUCUCCGUGUGGUCUACAGAUCCACCCAAUCCACGAAGCCCGUGGGACCAGAGGAUAUGGGGGCGACUGCGGGCUACGAGCUAGACACGGAGAAGGAGCGUGACGCACGAGCCAUCUUUGAUCGCAGCCAGAAGAUCCAGGAGGAAGUGAGGGGCAUGGAAGAUGACAAGAUCUAUCGGGGAAUCAAUAACUAUCCAAAGUACAUGAAGCCCAAGGAUACGUCUACGGGCAGUGCUUCCUCCCGGAUGGUGCGGAAGGGCCCCCUCCGGGCUCCCAAGCACCUGCGCGCCACCGUGCGCUGGGAUUACCAGCCUGACAUUUGUAAAGACUACAAGGAGACUGGCUUUUGCGGUUUUGGAGACAGCUGUAAAUUCCUCCAUGACCGUUCGGAUUACAAGCAUGGGUGGCAGAUUGAACGUGAGCUUAAUGAGGGUCGCUAUGGUGUCAGUGACGACGAAAACUAUGAAGUUCCGGGAAAAGAGGAUGAGGAAAUACCAUUCAAGUGUUUGAUCUGUCGCCAGACUUUUCAAAACCCGGUUGUGACCAAAUGCAGGCAUUAUUUCUGCGAGAGCUGUGCGCUGCAGCGUUUCGGCACCACCCCGCGCUGCUAUGUCUGUGACCAGCCGACCCAUGGCGUCUUCAGGCCAGCCAGAGAAUUGACUGCUAAACUGGAGAAGCACCGAGCUGCCGAAGAGAGUGGUACUUCCGAUUUCCCAGAUGACCCCCAUGAGGGUCCAGAAAAGCAAGGUACAAGGCCAGGACAUGCUGAUGGUGACAACUCAUCUAAAACUAAACAUGAGCAACCAAGUCAAGGCUCCUAG